GCCCCAAGUGACUGAAUGACACAGUUUGUUUUCUAUAUAGGUUUGGGUCUGGGCGGGCGCAGCUGCUCUAUCAACCUUUUUAGGAGAGGUUUCCAAACCACUUCAUUCCCCGCCGCCCCCUCUGCCAAGAUGUCAAUGGAGUUCUAUACGUUCGGCCCGUACAAGAUAGACCCCAAGGAGGUCUUCUACUCCACCCCCCUUUCCUAUGCCAUGGUCAACCUCCGUCCUGUUGUUCCAGGUCAUGUGCUUGUCUGCCCAAGGCGUGAAGUUAAGCGGUUUGCUGAUCUCACUGUUGAAGAGACGCAAGAUUUAUGGCUAACUGCACAGAGGAUCGGUGGAGGGCUUGAGCGUUUUCAUGAGGCGUCAUCACUCACUUUUACCAUCCAAGAUGGACCAAAGGCAGGGCAGACAGUUGCUCAUGUUCACGUUCAUAUCCUUCCAAGGAAAGAUGGUGACUUUGAGAAGAACGAUGAGAUCUACGAUGCAAUAGAUGCGAAGGAGAACGAACUGAAGGGGAAGCUUGACUUAGAUAAGGAAAGGAAGGACAGAAGUAUGGAAGAGAUGUGUAAAGAAGCAGAGGAAUACAGGUCGCUUUUUGCGUGACUGGAUUCCCUGUCGUUGAUUGUUCUUGUCUGAAUUUCUUUGCAACUUUAUUUCGUGUGUCUGGAUGAAGAAUAUUAUUAUAUAUUGUCGUUGUUGAUGUAGUUACUUCAGCAUGUACUUAAUGUGGCCACAGCAUAUAUGUGCUGAAAUAACAAACCUUAUGUGAAACA